CUGCUUGCAUACCUCGAGGUUUUCACCCAGAGCAUAACAUCGAGAACCUGUGAAAUCCAGAAGCAGCUGGAAGGACUUGUUCAUGAAGCUAUGAUAUCUGGUGUCAAGGUGCACAACGUCAUCAACGACUUCAGUCACUUGAACAGCCUGCAGUUUGUGGAAAAUCGUGUCUAUGAUGAAGAGGAGGUCAAGGCUGACUCCAGGGAUGCACAGCAGCCACCCCCGAAAGAGGAGGGUUCCCUGAUGGGCCAAGUGUCGGAGGCUUUUCGCCUUGGCGUGGAGGUGCUGCGCUCGUCGCUCGAAGUGGUUGACUUGCGCCAGGACUCUGAAGAGGACGACGACUCGGAUGCCGAGGAGGCACACCAUACCGAGGAGACACUGCUGCGACCUCUGGACCCAUAUCUGGCACGGCCCCUGCCCACACUCAUUGGCUCUGACCAGUUCAUCAAGGAUGACUAUGUGGGCCUCGGGGAGUUGCUCAGUGAAGAUGAAGGGGAUGAAAAGAGCAGCCUUGGAGAGUACGACAGCAACAAGUCUGAAACAGACGGUAGUGACGUGGAUGGGACAAAGGAGCCAGUGAUAGAUAACACGAUGGCUACUUAUAUGCAGCAAGAAUUUGGGGACACCUCAUCAGAUAGUACAGAUGACAACUUUGCUGGUGAUGCCGAGGAGCUGCAUUCGGAUGAUGGCAGUGACGAUGAAGUCAGCUCUAAGAGAAAAAAAAGUGCUGUGCUUGCAGAGGACAAUGCCAAGGUUCAAGGUGCGAUGGAGAAGAAUCAGACACUUGUAAGGCAGAGCACACAAGAGGAGAGUGUGUCACCAUUUUCACGUAGAAGUGGCUUCUUCUCUGGUAGCGGGAAGCUCUUUGAUGAUGAUGAUGAAGAGGGAGACCUCUUCAGGAAUGGUUCGACUUCAGUGCUUCCAAAUAAAGUUGGGGCAGCACUUCUUGAAAGUCUCACUCAAGGGGCCACCAGCAUGGAAGGAGUGAUGUACCCCGCACCGUCAAUAGGCAACAAGGAUGAGAGUGCCACCAGCAUAGCCCAAAAUACCACAGCCACUCAAAAACCAUCUGCCAGUGCCCUUUUUGAUGAAGAGGAUUACAGUGAUUUUUGGACAUCUACAUCAACAAGAGUAACAUCCCAACCGAGAGUGCCUGCCAGUCAUUAUGCAGAGCCUGGUUCAGAAGAGGGAUGCCCUGGCCUCUUGCAAUCUGAGGACCAGAGUGACAAGCCCAAGCAUGUUCUGUUUGAUGACGACGAAGAUGAUUUGUUCUCUGCUACCAAUGCUGCUACAAAGAGAGAGAGCGAGCCAGCAAAGUCCUUGUUCGGGGAUGACGAGGAGGACAUCUUUGUAAACACUGCGCUAACUGUGACCAGGGGCCAGCAAAGAAAGCCAGACCCCUUUUUAAACAACACAGCAGCUGCAAGGAAAUGCCAGUUAUCCUCAAGAGGGAUCUUCCUGUUUGAAGAUGAAGACGAUGGAUCAGAGAAUUCAUGCCCUGCUGCUGCAACUGUUCUUGAAAAGCCAGAAGAUCGGACAGACAUGUCUGGACGGCAUCGAACGAAUGAGCCAAUCUCAAUGUUUGCCGCUGAGGAAGAAGUUGAUGAAGACCUGUUUGCAGUGCACACACCACCAGCGCAUCUGGCUGACAGCCAAAGCAGCCACAGUGUCCAGAGUGCAUCAUGGAGCAUGGGGUCCAAAGGGGAUGCGGAACCCACAUUGGUGGUGGAAGCUGUGCUUGAGAAGCUAGUUUCAAAGCCACGCAGUGGAAGUUGCUUUAUCUUUGACCAAGAGAAAGACAUCUUUGAAUCCUCUGUGGAAAACCUGGAUGUGGACUUGUUUGCUCCAACAAAGCCCACUGAGCAAAAGAAGCCUCCUCCUGGUGGUGUCUCACUGUUUGGGGGCUCAAGCCUUUUUGGAGAUGAGCUGAAGAGUCGACUUGGGAGAGCCAGCAGCAUACCAGGUCAAGUGCUCCCUACCUCUUGCUUGCCUGAUGCACUCAAGGAAGAAGAAGCCUUUGUGGAUCCACAACACCAAGCACCACUUAGGGACACAAAGGUGAUAUCAGUGAGCUUCGAUGAGCCUGCUGACCAGAACAAGACACUCAUAAGUGCAACUAAGGGCCGAGCAAAAGUAAACAUCAAGCGACGCCCACCAUCACGAAGGAAGUUGCAGGAAGAUGCAAGAUCCGAUGGCGAGAGCCAAGAUUCUCCUUCCGAUGGAGUGUUGUUUCCUUCAUCACAUGCUGAUGUUACAGUGGUGACACAUUUGGAUGCAGAGCCGACUGUCAACCAGAGUUCUUUGAAGACAGUCCUAAUGGUUGCCAAAUCACCUUCCACUGAAGAAGAAGACCUUUUUGCUGUAAACAGCCUGCAGCCUGUACCAGCAGAAGCAAAGCACACAUUGGGCCAAGCAGUGGCUACUCCAGCUAUCUCACAGGCACCAUUUGGCAAGAGCAUCUUUGAUGAUGACACAGAAGAUGACCUUUUUGCCACGUGUGUUGAGAGUUCUGAUGUUACCUCCAGUCAUGAGCACAGUGACGCAAUCUUCGCAGCAGGUGACACUGUGCCUCACUGGAGUGAAGAUUGUCUGCCAAAAAAUAGUGCAGCAAGUUGGGAUGCCAAGGCUCCACUACAGGAGACAUCAAAAAAAGUUUCCACUAACAUCUUCGACGACGACGAUGGUGAUGACAUUUUUGCUUCCAAGUCUGAAAAAGCUGGCAACUCUGUAUUGUCCUCUCAAGCAAAGCAGAAUACAUUGUUCAGCGAGGACACUGAUGACAUUUUCAGCUCCAUUCCAGCCAACGUCACUGCAAUAGAGAAGAAAGGUAGCCAGCCUGCUGCAAGAAAGUGUUUGCCUAGAACAACAGACUUCAAGGACCCGCUGCUUGGAGACAUCAGUGAUUAAUAAGAUUUGUUGCAUUGGAUGUUAAAUUUGGUGUUUUGUAGUAUUUAGUGCACCUUGUUUUUCUGUCUCUGAGGCUGCUUCAUGCAUCACAACUAGGCUAUUAACAUGGCUUAACAUCUUAUGAAGUGAGAUUGUGGAAAUUGGAUCAAUACUAGGUUAGUGCAUCUCAAAAUAUCUCACCGUACCUGCAGCUGUUUCAGUGUCAGUGCACAGCAAAGUGUUCUACUUUCUGUUCAUUAUACACAGGACAGCUGAAGCAGCUUUGUGUGUAGCCAGCAUACACUUUGAUACUACAAGUCCACAAGCGGCUUAAAUCCAAGGCAUCAUAUCUGAACCUUCUACUGCUUUGCUAGAUUAGUGCAUAGUUCCCUAUUUCUCUUGAAAUUGUUGUUCAAGUCUCUUCGCGGUAUCUUCAACUCCAGACCUCAUAUGUAAAUACUGGAAGUACUACAUGAGGGUAUCCAAAAGACAUUGUUUUGCAUUUACCAGACCAAUCUACUGGCUUACUAAAUUUAAAAGCAGAAACAUAGUUUACCACUUGUUCAGAGCAGAUUUCUUUGUAUAUACCCUGAAAUGUUAAAAAUAAAUUGGUGAGAAUCAGGAAAAUGAAAGGCAGAAGUGUCAAAUUUAUAACUCUGUCACUAUAAUUUGUGAAGUGGAUGCAAUAGUAUACUGGUAACAAUGCUUAACCAGUUUCUCCUAGUUACUUGUUAGGCCACUCCGAAAUGAACUGGCACUGCUUUAGAAUAGCAAUUUUUUACUUCUGGACAUAUACAUGCCAUAGAAUGAUUUCAUGGCAGCUUCUAAUUGAUGCACGUCUGUUUUAAGCACUUUCAUACAGUCUGGAGUGUUUACAUAACUGCAAUAUCUGACUACAUAGGUGCAGUUGUAAACUUAGUGCUCCAGUUAAUAAGUCUUUUUAGCCUGCUUUGUUAUAAUUAAAGGUGCCUCAGUCAAAAUUAUGCUUCAAACAUCUGGUAUUUCAUUUCAUUAAAUAGUUCGAAUACUUCACACUUUAUCUAGUUUGGUUCAGUGGUUGCUUUUGAGAGCAUGCAUUUGAUUAGGAGAAUUGGCCGGGUCUUAAAUUAUGUAUAUUUGCUCUAAAGGCCUGAUGGAAGAAUGUUUCAGUAGCUGACAAUGUGUGCGGCUCAAACGCAUGAGCAUGUGACCAACUGUACCAUCUGCUGAAAACUUCUUCUGUUUCGGGAACAGGUACACGGUGCCUGUGCGCUUGUUAGGUUACAUUAAUCUUGUGAUGGACUAUAUUAUUUAAGUGGCUCAAUACUGAUAGUGCAGGAAUGCACCAAUUAUAUGUUUGUCAUCUGUGAGUGCACAUGUGUCAUAAUUGAGCCAGUGCACACAAAAGCCUAUGUACUCGCUGAAGUGAAUGCGGCUCAAGAAUGAACGCAUAACGUACAGGUCAUUUGCUGUGUCAGUCAGCAGACGAUGUUGUGGAUUGUACCAUCAACUUCACGUGUUGCUCUUACCGGGUCAAGCUGUUAGGAUAUCUGCUUCGCACAAAUAGGCAAGAAACGAUAUUUCUUCAAGUGUAUGCUAAAGUCAAUUUGAAUAAAAAGCUGUGUGCACCA